ACCCGGCCGCUCCAUCCGCUCCCCCCGCGCCCUGCGCGUCUUGGUUCCGGCCGCGCCUAAAAGGCUGGGCAGCCUAGGGCGCACUUGGCGCUGAGAACGCGGGUCUACGUGUCUGGUCGUCCGGGUGUCCGGUCUCUGCCCACGCAGCUUUCAGUUAUGUCCUCCGGCAACGCUCACGUCGGCAAGCCUGCCCCUGACUUUAAAGCCACAGCUGUGGUGGAUGGCGCUUUUAAGGAGGUGAAACUGACAGACUACAAAGGGAAAUACCUUGUCCUCUUUUUCUACCCGCUGGACUUCACUUUCGUGUGCCCCACGGAGAUCAUAGCUUUCAGCGAUCAUGCUGAAGACUUCCGGAAGCUGGGCUGCGAGGUGCUGGGGGUCUCUGUGGACUCUCAGUUCACCCAUCUGGCUUGGAUCAACACCCCCCGGAAGGAGGGAGGCCUAGGCCCCUUAAAUAUCCCUCUGCUUGCUGAUGUGACUAGAAGCUUGUCUCACGAUUAUGGCGUGCUCAAAGAAGAUGAAGGCAUUGCCUACAGGGGUCUCUUUAUCAUCGAUGGCAAGGGUGUCCUUCGUCAGAUCACUGUUAAUGAUUUGCCUGUGGGGCGCUCCGUGGAUGAGGCUCUGCGAUUGGUCCAGGCCUUCCAGUACACUGAUGAGCAUGGGGAAGUCUGUCCCGCUGGCUGGAAGCCAGGCAGUGACACAAUCAAGCCCAACGUGGAUGACAGCAAGGAAUAUUUCUCUAAGCACAACUAGGCUGGCGGACGGAGAGUGACCUUGUGCUCUUGGCCCCUAUGCGUAAUCCUAGCUGGGUUCCCUGGGCUGAGCCAGAAAAGGCUGGACCUGCCCCUCCAAACUCCACAAUCCCUGGAGGCUAGGCCAAGGUCUUCUCAUGGCUCCACCUGGAAGCUGGAGAAUAGUGACUCCAUCCAGCCUGGCACAGGCCGAAGUAAUCAAUAAAAUAGUAGGGACAGA